AUGGCUGGGAAUCACAAUGAACGGCUCAAUCAACCUGGGACUCAACAUGGCCUCUCAAAUUCGACUCAAGCACCUACUAUCGUUAUUGGCAAUGCUAAUCAAGCAAUGACAUCGACUCUCGAUUUGUCCACGGUCCCAAGCCCUCCAGCAACGCCAGACUCUUCCAGCGAAACCCGACCAACAAGCUCGUCUUCUGCCAGCGCUCGUCCGACAGCAUCAAGACACGGCUCAAGCAGAAGGACUCUGUUGUACCCUGAGGGCGAUUUUCGAAAUAGCUCAACCCCCGAACUCCGAGAUCUGAAGACCGAUAUGAUGUGCAAUUGGCUUCACCAGCAGCAGUUAGAGCGGAUGUGGUCCACGAAUGGAAUAGAAGAAGGGGUUAUGCUGAAAAAAGCAAAGGACGACUAUAAAUGUGCCCCUGAAGACCUUCGUUCUCGCCCUGACGGAGUAUUCGAUGCCGUGAGAAGGCUCAAUGUCAAGUGUGCUAUGACAAUAAACACAAGCGUUGUCAAACUAUUUCUCCAAGACCAAACGCUCACCCACAUGCCGCUUGACUCUGGCCUCCGGUUGCAAAUCCUCCCAAACAUCUCCCACCUGCCUGGCUGCCAGAAACACCAGUUUGCAGCCUUCAUUCGAACAUACAAUAUCCUCAUCGUCUGGGAUGAUGAUCCAAAUCAUAUCCUAAAACGUAUCCACUCGAUCGAAGACCAACUUAUCAACAUGAUAUGGAAAGAAGAAUUCGAAGACGAUGAAUCUUCAGCACCGCUUCCCAGUGCCCUGCCUAGCACACUCAACCUGAACACAACUAACGGCGAAGAAGUAUCAUCUCAGAACGCCGAGCUGGCCAACACUUUGCCACCUCGCCGCGUAGUGCUGAUUCAACCGCUCCUCACCGCAGUCACAUUAAUUUUGCUCGUUACUGCCAUUGGCAGUGGCUGGCGCCAGAUUGCCAUCGAAAUCAAAGUUGACCAUUCCUGGAUUCGACUUGCUUUCAUCGCCGCUGUCCCUCUCCAGUGCUGGCUGGCACUAUUCUUCAUGCAAUCAGUUGCGGGCUGCUGUGCUCAAAUCAUCGGUCCCAUCAGCCAAAUGAAUGCCAACACAAAGUUUUACUCCGGAAUACCUCCACCGCGUCUCCCAACCGAUGGAAGCUGUGCGUUGCCGCACGUCACAAUUCAAUGUCCUGUCUACAAGGAGGGCCUUUGGUCUGUGAUCGAUCCUACGAUCAAAUCUAUUAAAGCAGCCAUAUCGACAUACGAAAUGCAAGGCGGCACCGCAAACAUCUUCAUCAACGAUGAUGGCAUGCAAUUGAUUCCCACCGAACAAGCCCAGGAACGACGUGAUUACUAUGACGAACACAAUAUCGGUUGGGUCUCACGACCAAAGCACGAUCCUAGACCAGCAGAUCCCAAUCAAAAACCAUUCACCCGAGCCGGCAAGUUCAAAAAAGCAUCCAACAUGAAUUACGCCUUGAACGUCUCUGCACGAGUCGAAGACAAGUUGUCGACCAUCGCCCGUCCCGACGAUGGAAGCUGGACUGUGGAGCAAGAACGUGAAGCUUACAAUGGCGCCCUUGCAUCCACCAUCACCGAAGAUGAAGGCCGCACACAGGCCGCUGGAAAUAUCCGUGUGGGGGAUUACAUCCUUCUGAUAGAUAGCGAUACGGGUGUUCCCCAAGACUGUUUCCUGAGCGCGGUUUCGGAAAUGGAAAUCUCCCCAGAGGUCGCCAUCAUUCAAUUUGCGAGCGGAGUGAUGAACGUCACGGACUCGUGGUUCGAAAAGGGGAUAACCUUCUUCACGAACCUAGUGUACACAGCCAUCCGCUACGCUGUGUCCAAUGGCGACGUCGCCCCCUUUGUCGGGCACAAUGCCUUUUUGCGUUGGACGGCUGUACAGGACGUCGCGUACAUCUACGAAGAUCUCAACGACGGCAUCGUCAAAGAGAAGUACUGGAGCGAAGCCACCGUUUCCGAAGACUUCGACAUGGCUCUCCGCCUCCAAACCUCCGGCUACAUCCUCCGUCUUGCGGCCUACGCAGGCCAAGGCUUCAAAGAAGGCGUCUCCUUGACAGUCUACGACGAACUCGCCCGCUGGGAGAAAUAUGCCUAUGGCUGCUCGGAGCUCAUCUUCCACCCGUUUGCUCAAUGGUUCACCAAAGGCCCCUUCACUCCUCUGUUCCGCAACUUUAUCAGGAGCACUAUGCCUUUCCCCUCGAAACUGACCAUCAUGGCAUAUAUCGGGACGUACUAUGCCAUCGGGAGCGCAUGGAUACUGACGCUUCUCAACUACUGCAUUGUAGGCUGGUUCAACGGCCACUUGGACCAUUAUUACAUCGACAGCUUCAAGAUCUAUUUCGCCAUCAUCAUCGUCUUCACAGCGCUCGGCAACCUCGCACUGGCGGUCAUGCGCUACAGAGUCGAAGAUCAAACCCUCCUUUCCGCACUGUGGGAAAAUUUCCGCUGGAUCCCCCUCCUGACCAUCUUCCUGGGGGGGAUAUCCCUGCACGUCUCCCAAGCGAUCCUGUCCCAUCUCUUCUCCGUCGACAUGUCCUGGGGGGCGACCAGCAAGGAAGCCACCGACACGAGCUUCUUCAAAGAGAUUCCCACGAUUCUCAGGAAGUUCCGAUUCACCUUCAUCUUCUGUGCGGUCAUGAGUCUGGGCAUGAUUGUGGUUGCUGGCGUUGGUCCGCUGGGGAAACUCGUGCCCUAUGACUGGCAGAUUGGGUGGUUUACGGCGGUCUGGCCAUUAGCCACUGUUGUUGGAUCACAUGCGUUGUUGCCAUUGGUGUUGAAUCCGGGAUUGAUGCAGUUCACCUUUUGA